ACGUUCCGAAGAUGACGUCGGAGCGUUCUCGAAUCCCGUGUCUCUCGGCUGCUGCUGCCGAAGGAACAGGGAAAAAGCAACAAGAAGGAAGAGCAAUGGCGACACUGGAUCGCAAAGUGCCCAGUCCGGAGGCGUUUCUGGGCAAACCCUGGUCCUCCUGGAUCGACGCCGCCAAAUUACACUGCUCCGACAAUGUAGAUUUAGAAGAGGCUGGAAAAGAGGGUGGAAAAAGCAGGGAGGUUAUGAGGCUUAAUAAAGAAGAUAUGCACUUGUUUGGCCACUACCCAGCACACGACGACUUCUACCUCGUGGUGUGCAGUGCCUGUAACCAGGUCGUCAAGCCGCAGGUCUUCCAGUCCCACUGCGAGAGAAGACACGGUUCAAUGUGUAGACCUUCUCCCUCUCCGGCGUCGCCACCCUCCAAUGCCCGGACAUCACUAGUACAGGUGAAAACAAAAGCCUGUCUCAGCGGCCAUACCUCUGCCAGCAGCUCCUCAAAGCCAUUCAAAACGCCCAAAGACAAUCUCCUAACCUCCAGCAGCAAACAGCACACAAUCUUUUCAGCGAAGGGAUCAAGGGACAAAGCAUGUGUUCCGGUUCCCGUAGUCAGUUUGGAGAAAAUCCCUAACCUGGUGAAGGCAGACGGUGCCAAUGUCAAGAUGAACUCUGCAACCACUACUGCGGCCACCUGCUCCACCUCGUCCUCUGCCGUCUCCACCCCGCCUGUAAUUAAGCCGGUCUUGAUGUCCAAGUCAGUGCCACCUUCCCCAGAGAAGAUCUUAAAUGGCAAAGGAAUUUCGUCUGCCACCAUAGACAAGAAGCACCACAAUGGCACCAAAAACAACAACAAGCCUUACAGGAGACUUUCAGAGAGAGAAUUUGACCCAAAUAAACACUGUGGAGUAUUGGAUCCCGAGACAAAGAAACCUUGCACAAGAUCCCUCACCUGCAAGACUCAUUCGCUAAGCCAUCGGAGGGCAGUCCCAGGCCGGAAAAAGCAAUUUGACCUCCUUCUGGCGGAACACAAAGCCAAGUCCCGGGAAAAAGAAGUUAAAGAUAAAGAGCAUCUCCUGACUUCGACAAGGGAAGUACUUCCAAACCCAUCCGGGCCAGCGCAGGACUCGCUGCCGGGAUCUUCAGGGAGCUUGGGCCCAGAACCUAAAGUCGCGUCCCCUGCGAAGUCCAGGCCACCUAACUCCGUGCUUCCUAGACCAUCAUCUGCAAAUAGCAUAAGCAGCAGCACAUCUUCAAAUCACAGUGGCUACACUCCGGAACCCCCUCUACCCCCAGUUGGAGGUGACCUCGCCAGCCGACUGUCAAGUGAUGAAGGGGAGAUGGACGGAGCCGACGAAUCCGAGAAGUUAUUAGACUGUCAUUUCUCCACCCACCACCCCAGACCUCUUGCGUUUUGCUCAUUCGGGAGUCGCCUCAUGGGACGAGGGUACUAUGUGUUUGAUAGAAGAUGGGACCGUUUUCGAUUCGCACUAAACUCCAUGGUAGAAAAACACUUGAAUUCACAGAUGUGGAAGCACAGAAACCCGAGCCACAGGGCAUCAGGUCCCUCCCCCCUUUUCAGGACUUGCCUAACCAAUCUGCUGUCACUGAGCAACAUUGGGGCUGCCUGGGUAUCAACUCUGGAGAGCGUAGCACCCCGCUGCCCUCUCCGCCUCGCUGCCCAAACCCCAGGCCCCGACGGGCCCGAACCUGGAGGGAUGGCAGCCGAUGGGGGCGUGGAAGACAUUAGGAAGAAAAGGAACGGCCAAGACUCUUUUUUCUUUAACAAGCAUUUAACUCUGCAUCAGGAGACGCCAGCACAGUAUUCUCUUUCAGCCAGGAAGAUCCCUCCUGCGGCAGAUAGCCCCAUGCCCUCGCCAGCAGCCCACAUCACCACCCCUGUUCCAGCAUCCGUUUUACAGCCUUUCAGCAACCCCAGUGCUGUGUAUCUUCCUUCAGCUCCCAUCAGCUCGAGACUCACCUCUUCUUACAUAAUGACAUCAGCCAUGCUCUCAAAUGCAGCUUUUGUGACAUCGCCGGACCCGAGCGCCCUCAUGUCACACACCACAGCUUUCCCUCAUGUGGCCGCAACCCUCAGCAUCAUGGACUCAACCUUCAAGGCCCCAUCCGCCGUGUCCCCGAUACCAGCUGUCAUCCCUUCCCCAUCCCACAAGCCAUCCAAAACCAAAACCAGCAAAUCCUCAAAAGUCAAAGACCUGUCCGCCCGUAGCGACGAGUCUCCAAGUAACAAAAAGAGGAAGCCGCAGUCUUCGACUUCCGCCUCUUCCUCCUCCUCCUCCUCCUCCUUAUCCCUGCAGACGUCCCUCUCGUCCCCAUUAUCAGGGCCCCACAAAAAGAACUGUGUUUUGAAUGCCAGUUCAGCUUUGAACUCCUAUCAGGCAGCCCCUCCCUAUAACAGUCUGUCUGUGCACAACUCAAACAAUGGGGUGAGCCCACUCAGUGCCAAACUGGAGCCCUCAGGACGGACCUCGCUGCCCGGCGGCCCUACGGACCUAGUGAGACACAUGGGCUCGGGGGGCGGCAGCAGUGACUCCUGUCCCCUCUCUGUGCCCUCCCUUGCAGGGGACCUCUCUCUGGCCUCACACAAUGCCGUGUCUUCUCUGCCCCUCUCUUUUGACAAAUCAGAAGGAAAAAAGCGUAAGAACUCAAGUUCUAGUAGCAAAGCCUGUAAAAUCACUAAAAUGCCUGGAAUGAAUAGCGUUCACAGAAAGAACCCACCCAGCCUUCUCGCACCGGUGCCCGAUCCCGUUAACAGCACCUCCUCUCGGCAGGUUGGGAAAAAUAGCAGCCUAGCUUUGUCACAAUCCAGUCCUUCAAGCAUAUCCAGCCCAGGACACAGCCGACAGAAGACCACAAACAGAACGGGCAGGAUAAGGACUCUUCCAUAACAAGACUAUGAAGCCACUUCCAAACCAAUGCCUGGCCACGGGACCUCCCCCCAGGAGGCCAAGGCCAGGGGAGGGAGGGGAGUGGGCAGUGGGGAAGAGUCUGUUUCCUGUGCCCUGCCUGUGGCUCUGGCCUUUCUUCUUCUUUUUUUAAUUGACCAAUUUUUAGUUUUGAGGAAAAAGAAAAAGGCAAAAAGAACGUGAAUUUGAGAUUUACAGAAAACAAUACCAGUGUUUGGUUUCCGUUCUUUAACUUGCCACGUGUAUACCUUCUUCCAAGUUUGGGGUCCCUCCUCUAGCUUCUGAUGCUGCUACUGCAUCAUUUUGCUCCAGCCACAAGAGCAGACAUUGUAGAAUGUCCGUUCCUGGUUGGCAUCGUCUGGAACUCUUGAACUUGAGCAUGUGCAGUGCUCCUUUCCUUGCCCUCUCCCAUCCUUCCCUUCUGUCCCCUCCUACCUGCCACUGUCUGGGUCCCCACUGACCAUCAGAGGUGCGGGCUCUCAAAAGCUCCCUCUAGACAGCCUGCUGCAUCAGGGGCGGUUACUGGGGAGCAGCCCGUGUUUGGGGAGCCUAGAGCAGAGAGCUGGAGGGUGGGCGAGGGCCCUCAUCAGGUUUCUAGGACGCACCAGCACAGAGGAGCCAGAUGCAGAGUUGAGAACAGCAGCCAUUUAAUGAUGGGGCUUACUCAGUACCACUAUCCAGCUGUGCAGCUCGGAGAGGAUUUCCUGGGUUAGGGACAGGGGCAGGAAUGGACCCGGGAGGUGGCAGGAGGAAGGGCCUGGGGGUAGGAGAAGAUAUCCUCAAAAGAUGGUGGGAACUGGGUGACUGGUCAUCUGAGCGUGUUAGGAAUCCAUGCUGCAAAAUCCCUUCCAGGGCACCGUGUACAAGGGCGCAAAGCUGGGCGAGUCACGGGGAGGAAUCCCAGGGAAUAGGGCACAAGACCUCAGGAAGCCACUCAGGAAGAGGCACAGUGCCCACCGCUGUGGAAGGUCUCAAGCUGCCCUCCGGGGCGCUGCCAGAGGAGAAAAAGCAGAGCCGGAAGGAAAGACCUGAGGGAAAGCUGCCAUGGAGGGUUAAUUGCCCAACGGCUGGUGAUUGGUGAGAAUAAUUACUAGCAUUGCCCAGCCACUUCCAUGCCCUGGGCUAGAGGGCCCUGUGGACUCAGCACACCCAUAGAUCAGCUCAUGCUAGGUUGUCAGAGGCCACCACUCCGAUACAGCCAACCCAGGAAGGAGUGGCAAGGCCACUGCUGAUGGAGAAGAGCCAUUUGGAAGAUCCGGAAGGGAGAAGCUGGAGGCCUGCAGCUAUAAAAACUGUUCACACUGGAGUUUUGAAAGAAACCAAUACCAUAAGCUCUAAUUGGGAAUCAGAGUCAAGAAAGGAAUUCACCAUAUAAAAUAAGUGUUCUGUGCUAUGAAUCAUGUAACUUUGUAUACAGUAUAAUGGCAGAGAUACCAGGAGGUUUUGCUUCAUCCCUAAGUCAGAAAUGAAUGCCAGUUUUGCAGCUGGACAUAAACCCUCAUCCCCACCCUGAAGUUUUCCUUUUCUUUCCCAUUCCCCCCAAACCCAAGGAUCAGACUACUGUUAAAUUUCACCGUAUGAUUGGAUUUUGCAAAGACGGGAGGCAAACGGAGUGAUUUGCAUCAAUGGAAUUGCACUGACAGUGUUUCUUAAUAGGAUUACUAAAAUUUUUAAUAUAAAAUCAAGAUUUUUUUAAAAAUCAGGAGUUGAUAUUAGGUACUAGGACAUUAGUUCAGAUGAUUUCAUUUUUAUUUCUACAGUGUUAAAAGUGCACUUAUAUGCUGGUUUAUUUCCGUCUUGGGAAAAAGAGACUGCAAAUUGAAGGGAAGAUUGUUACUUUUUCUUUUUUUUAAAAAAAAAAAAAAGGUUAAGGCAGAUUUUAAGACUUAUAAAUGUUUAAGAAAUUAUAAACAAGGUUAGACCCUUUGAAAAAAAAGUUUAGAAGAUAUUCUUAAAGUAAAUUUUUAUAGUGUUAAUUUUGUAAUAAUUUAUGUUUUACUAUAUUACAGAGCUAACUGACCAGAAUAGUUUCAGAAACAAUAUGAAACUUAGGAAAGUUGAAGCAACGUUUAUAUUUUUAAAAUGUUCUUUGAAUUAUGUUUUUAUUGUACAUUUCUUCAGACUGAAAAGUAUGUACAUAUCUUUGUUAUUUUUGCACAAUUUUCGUCUCGUUCGGUUUUAGAAGUCUGGUUUUUUUUUUUAUAAUUUAUUUUGAGUUGUAAUACUUGCAGGAGUAAAAACAAAAAAAAAUCUCAGCAACAAAAUAACCCUCUGAUUUAUAAACUCUUACACUCAAAGAAGGAAAACAAAAGUUGAGAGAUUAAGUGGCUGCUUCUGAGAAAUAAUGUCUCAACAGGGACUAAAGGAGCAAUUCAAUGGAUUUUAAACGUUUUAGCUCUCUACAUUUUGAAUUGCAAGCUGGAAUAAAGAGGCUCCCCACCGAAUGCUGCUUACUUGGUGAAAGACUGGCUCUGACCAAGGUGAGGACAUUUCUGGAAAACUGAGCAAAAAGGGAAAACCCACGGUGUUUCUUCCUUCACAGUCAACUACAGGUUUACUUUAUAAUGAUGUAUUCAAAACUCACAGCUUGAAAAAUGGAAUGCAAAUAAAAGGUUUUCUUUCGGUUUGUUUGAAUGGAAUUCAACUGGACCAGCCUAUAAAGCAUUAUUAGGGGGAUAUCGUUUGGGUACUUCUGUUCUGCACACCCCACCUAGCCCUCUCUCCCAAGCCCCUUGACUGCACACACCCCCAUCUGCCUGAAGAUCUCGUGACUUGUCGCCAGCCAUAGAGGCUCGAAAGCUCUGGUUGUUAAAGCAUAACGCAAUGCAUAGACCUGUCAGCCAUAAAAAAAAAAAAAAAAAAAAAAAAAAAAGCGACCUGGAUAACUUGUAUGCCUUCUUUUGUAUCAAUGUACCAAUUGUAAAUAAUGCUGAUCAACCUUUGUAGAGAAUAGUUUAUACAACAUAUUCUAUUGCUGAUUCUCAGUGAACUCUUGUUUUAAAGGAAAAAAUGAAAUUUUCUAUUUACACCUUCUAUUUUGUUAUGCUGUCGGCCCAUGGCACUUUAACAAAACUCUGUGGGUUUUACGUAGCUGGUCAGUCAUGGGGUAUAUUCAAUAACUGUUGUUGCACAGAUGAGAAUUUGCACCUGCUCACUUGUCCUUUCCUACUACCGAUUUUAGAACCUUUUCCAGAAGAAUUUUGAAGAAAGCAUGUCCAAACAUUCUAAACAAAUGCCACACUUGUGGAGCGGGUUUCUUUUCUACAAUCCAUAUUUUGUAACACUAAGUAUUUUCCUUCUUUGUCCUGCACCUUUAUGUAUUAGCACUAUCAGAUAGAAUUCAUUCCAUGCCUGUGAUAUUGUAAGCAGAAUAAAUGUCUAAAGUAGGUGUAAAUAGUAAAUCCUAUGGCUUACAGUUUUAAAAAGGAAAGAACAAACAUGUAUCUAUUGAUACUGCCGUGGUUCAGCACCAGGCCUGGAGACAUUCUCCAGUG